AUCCAGCUGGUCAUUGACCUCUGGUCUGGCCUCUCAUGUUCUAGUCAUUUUAAGCCUUAGUUCCUGUGACUAUGGAUGGGUUUCUGUGGCAUUGGCAACUAACAUCAUAACUACAGGUUUUCAUUGAAAACUUAAGUGUUAGGGGAAAUUAGUAGGUAGUGGACAAUCAAAAGUACUAAGAUGUUUCUACCAAUUUUGAGACAUUUAUAGGCUCCUUAAAUUGGGGGUGGGAUAUCCUACACCAAAGCUAUUAUACUGACACUACACAGCAAAGACUCUCCAAAAGCUAUUAAACACAUAAAUGUGACCAGAGCUCAGUGGACUGGCAAGGUCACCCAGUGGGACUACCUUCCACACAGUCAGCAGGAGGACACUGCUGUCAACGGCUAUCAGCUUUUAUUUUUACAUAUCUCAGGUUGAGAUUAAUAAGGCAAAAAGAAUUUGUCUCUAACUCCUACUUUCCUUCCAAAUAGGAGGAAAUCACUAUUGAACAGAUAAACAGUGGGGAAAGUAGCCUCAGAAAGGGUCAAAUCUGUGUUCUCAUUGAAUGUUAGCUGAGACCUCCAGGGGGCAGCACCAAGGCAGAGACCUGGACUGAGAUCCCUCUGUCCUCUUGGUCUGGGGCUCCCCACAGUUUCCCACCACCACCCCUCCCAUUCCCUCCAACUUUAUUUUUAGCUGCCAGUGGGAGGGGGCAGGAUAGGAGGGAAAGUAAAGAAAACAGCAAAGGCGAGAGACAGAGAGGCACAGAGGACUUCUUGGACAACACAGGACAAGCAGGCAUGGCGCGCCUCUCCGUCCCUCACCUGUUCUUGUCCCUGGUGUUGCUGGCAGGUGAGGGAGUCAAACUUCUUGGUUUCUGUUGGGGAUGGAAGAUAUGUGCAUUGUUCAGAAUUGGGACCGUUACAGUUAAAAUUAUUCGGGAGUUUGGGUCAGAGCUUAGUACUGAUACUAUAUUUCAUGUGUGCGCUCAUAUUUUUGGACUCCCACCCAAAUGACAGAGGUUGAAGAUGCCUAGGGUUUGAGUAACAUUUGUACCUAGUUAUCUAACACCUUUGCUCUGAACUCCACAGAAAUGAGGAUACAGAAUAGAAACACGUUUCUCCUCAUCCACGCAGCCUGUCUGGUCCCUACUAUUACCCUCCCGGCUUCUCCCUACCAUUGGUGCUCCCCGGUGCCUGAGGCAUAAUUGCCUUACUAUGUGGUCAGAACUCUGGGUUCAUCUAAGGAGUGAGCUACAAUUCCUGCUCUUAUAACCCAGCCAAUUUCCUGGUUGCAAAAAGGCUCACACACAAAAUACCUUUCUGAAAGUGAGCAGAGUUUGAGUUAGAGUUACAGAAGCUGGGGUGUGGGAGUGGGGCUGAGAGUGGGUUGCUUGAAUGUAAGUAAGGGCAAGACAGUGGAGAAGAGAAGCAUGGGAGGGACAAGAGGCCUGGAAUUUUUCCCUGCUGGUACCCUAUAAUCUUUGUUUCCUAAAAUACCAGCUCUGAUUUUAUGGGAAUUGGGGUCAGAAGAAAGGGAUCAGCAGGACACAACUGGAGACCCUUAGAGUGGGCUAAAGUUUGAGGGAACUUUGGGAGUGGGCGAGGGGUAGUUGGGAGGUUGAGGAGAUAAGCAGCAAGUUUUGGGGAAGUUUUUUGAGGGGUUGGUAGGACCCUUAACAAGGAUAGAUGGCAAACUAUGUGUGUGGGCAGGCUGGUUGUUCCACCCAGUUAAUUAGCACUGAGGUUUGUCGGGCUGGAAGCAACCAGCAUCCUAGACCUUGGAGAAAGAGAGCAAGUGUGACAAUGUCAAGAAAGAAUGGAAAGAGGAGACACCCAGACUCGGAGCUCCUCACCCUCCUCUUCUCCCUGUGGCCCUGGGUUUGGGUAGAGUUUGAAAGGGUGGUUAUUCUGUGUCUGCAGAAAGGUCCUCUCCCUUUCCUGACUCUCACGGCUUAGGCGGGUGUGUAGGAGGACUGACGUGGAAAGAGUAAGCUGACCUUUCCAGAUGCGUCUGCGAAUGAGAUUUCAGGGGUGAGAAUGGAAAUGCAGCUGUGCUUCAGCAUGGCAGAGGACCUUGGGAACUCCACGCAGGAAGAGAAUCAUCCCGCCUGGGGCUCUGAGUACACGACAUUGACAGAGGCCAGGAGCACUUACAAGCAAUCAGGCAGACACACUGGCAUGGAAGUGCACCCUCCUGUCCUGUGCAGCUCGUGCUCUCCAGUCCUUCUUCAGCUGACCAGUUGAUGCUAAUUAUGGUCCUGGCCUCCCAGGUCUCUGCUCCCCAUUUAAUCUGGAUGAGCAUCACCCACGCCUAUUCACAGGGCCACCAGAGGCUGAAUUUGGAUACAGCGUCUUACAGCAUGUUGGGGGUGGACAGCGAUGGCUGUCCUACAUACAUGGAUGUCGUCAUUGUUUUGGAUGGCUCCAAUAGUAUCUAUCCCUGGUCUGAGGUCCAGACAUUCCUUCGGAGGCUGGUAGGGAGGCUGUUUAUUGAUCCGGAGCAGAUACAGGUAGGACUGGUACAGUAUGGGGAGAGCCCUGUGCACGAGUGGUCCCUGGGAGAUUUCCGAACCAAGGAAGAAGUUGUGAGAGCAGCAAGAAACCUGAGUCGGCGGGAGGGGCGAGAAACGAGAACUGCCCAAGCAAUAAUGGUGGCAUGCACAGAAGGGUUCAGUCAGUCCCGGGGGGGCCGACCUGAGGCUGCAAGGCUGCUUGUGGUUGUCACUGAUGGAGAAUCCCAUGAUGGAGAGGAGCUUCCAGCAGCACUAAAGGCCUGUGAGGCUGGGAGAGUAACACGUUAUGGGAUUGCGGUCCUUGGUCACUAUCUCCGGCGACAGAGAGACCCCAGCACUUUUCUUCGGGAAAUCAGAGACAUUGCUAGUGAUCCAGAUGAGCGCUUCUUCUUCAACGUCACAGAUGAGGCCGCACUGACAGACAUUGUGGAUGCAUUGGGAGACCGAAUUUUUGGUCUUGAAGGGUCCCGUGGAGAAAAUGAAAGCUCCUUUGGACUAGAAAUGUCUGAGAUUGGCUUCUCCAUCCACCGGCUGCAGGAUGGGAUUCUCUUUGGGAUGGUGGGGGCCUAUGACUGGGGGGGCUCGGUACUGUGGCUUGAAGAAGGUCGCCGCCUUUUCCCCCCACGAACGGCCCUAGAAGAUGAGUUUCCCCCUGCAUUGCAGAACCAUGCAGCCUAUCUGGGUUACUCUGUUUCCUCCAUGCUUCUGCCCGGUGGACGUCGCCUCUUUCUCUCCGGGGCACCGAGGUUUAGACAUCGAGGAAAAGUCAUUGCCUUCCAGCUAAAGAAAGAUGGGGCUCUGAGGGUCGCCCAGAGCCUCCAGGGGGAUCAGAUUGGCUCAUACUUCGGCAGUGAGCUCUGCCCAUUGGAUACAGACAGAGAUGGGAUAACUGAUGUCUUACUUGUGGCGGCCCCGAUGUUCCUGGGUCCCCAGAACAAAGAGACUGGACGUGUUUAUGUGUAUGUAGUAGGUCAGCAAAUUUUGCUGAUGCUCCAAGGAACUCUUCAGCCAGAACACUCCCAGGACUCUCGAUUCGGCUUUGCCAUGGCUGCUCUUCCUGAUCUGAACCAAGAUGGUUUCGCUGAUGUGGCUGUGGGGGCACCCCUCGAGGAUGGGCACCAGGGAGCACUGUACCUGUAUCAUGGAACCCAGACUGGAAUCAGGCCCCAUCCUACCCAGCGGAUUGCUGCUGUAUCCAUGCCACAGACCCUCCGCUACUUUGGCCGAAGUGUGGAUGGCCGGCUAGAUCUGGACGGAGAUGAUCUUGUAGAUGUUGCUGUGGGCGCCCAUGGAGCAGCCAUCCUGCUCAGCUCCCAGCCCAUCAUACACCUGCUUCCAACCCUGGAUGUGGUGCCACCCCACAUCAGCGUGGUUCAGAAGGACUGUAGGCGAAGAGGCCAGGAAGCGGCCUGCCUGACUGCAACCCUGUGCUUCCGAGUGACCUCUCACACUCGUGGGCGCUGGGAUCGCAGAUUCUAUAUACGGUUCUCAGCAUCACUGGAUGAGUGGGCAGCUGGGGCACGUGCAGCGUUUGAUGGCUCUGGCCAGCGGCUGUCCCCUCAGCAGCUCCAGCUCAGUGUAGGGAAUGUCACUUGUGAACGGCUGCACUUCCAUGUACUGGAGACAUCAGAUUACCUCCGGCCAGUGGCCUUGACUGUGACCUUUGCCUUGGACAACACCACAAAGCCCGGGCCUGUGCUGGAUGAGGGAUCACCCACCUCUAUCAGAAAGCUGGUCCCCUUCUCAAAAGACUGUGGAACUGACGAUGAAUGUAUCACAGACCUGGUGCUUCAAGCUCAUAUGGACAUCAGGGGCUCCAGGAAGUCCCCAUUUGUGGUUCACGGUGGCAGACAGAAACUGCUGGUGUCGGCAACCCUGGAGAACAAGAAGGAAAAUGCCUACAACACUAGCCUGAGUCUCAGGUUCUCUAGAAACCUCCACCUGGCCAGUCUUACUCCUCAGAGGGCCAAAUCAGUGAGGGUGGAAUGUUCAGUGCCUUCCCCACAUGCCCGGGAAUGCAUCGUGGGCCAUCCAGUCUUCCAGGCUGGAGCCAAGGUGACCUUUCUGUUAGAGUUUGAAUUUAGCUGCACCUUCCUCCUGGGCCAGGUCUUGGUGAGGCUGACUGCCAGUAGCAGUAGCCUGGAGAGAAAUGAGACCCUUCAAGACAAUACAGUUCAGACCUCUGCGUUCAUCCGAUACGAGCCUCACCUCAUGUUCUCUAGUGAGUCCACUCUGCAUCGAUACGAGGUUCACCCUUACAGGACUCUCCCAGUGGGUCCUGGCCCUGAAUUCAAAACCACUCUUCGGGUUCAGAACCUUGGCUGCCACAUGGUCAGUGGUCUCAUCAUCUCAGCCCUCCUUCCAGCUGUAGCCCACGGGGGCAAUUACUUCCUGUCACUAUCUCAAGUCAUCACUAGCAAUGCAAGCUGCACAGUGCAGAACCUGACUGAGCCCCCAGGACCUGCUGUGCACCCGGAGGAGCUACAGCACACAAGCAGACUGAACGGGAGUAACACUCAGUGUCAGGUUGUGAGGUGCCAUCUCGGACAGCUGGCAAAGGGGACUGAGAUCUCUGUUGGACUGCUGAGGCUGGUUCACAACGAAUUCUUCCGGAGGGCCAAGUUCAAGUCACUGACAGUGGUCAGCACCUUUAAGUUAGAAACCGAGAAUGGCAGUGUCCUACAGCUGACGGAAGCCUCCUCCGGGAGUGAGAGCCUGUUGGAGGUGAUUCAGAGCCGCACAACCCUCAUCUCCCUGUGGAUCCUCAUAGGCAGUGUCUUGGGAGGGCUGCUCCUGCUUGCACUACUUGUCUUCUGCCUGUGGAAGCUUGGCUUCUUUGCCCGAAAGAAAAUCCCCAAGGAAGAACAGACUGAUGAGAAGUUGGAGCAGUGACUGUAGGAGGAGGCUCAGAAAGUCCUCUUUGGCAGCCUUUUCAAGAGACUCGUAUCCAAAAACAAGGCUUGGAGGCUAAAGGGGAAAAGAUGCUUCUGGAAUAUGUCUCCAGACCUGCAGCCUGACUUGACGUUUGAGCCCCGGGUAUGCAGCUGGCAAGAGAUGAGGCUUUGCCUCAGCCACGAAGGGCUGGCACCAAAACAAAUAAUCUCCCCACCCUGUGCUUUCCUCCUCGCCCUGCCGGGUUCCACAGCCAACAUUGGGUCUUUGUUUGGAGCCCUAUCUCCCCUAUUACCAGGGGCCAAAAGAUUUUUUUCCUGACUCCUUUCAGACUUCCUUUGUCUUCCCUCACAAUUCUAAAAAGAAGGUUCGCCUUCUCACUCCCUCCCCAACAGAAGCACACACGCUCACCUUACUG